AUGAAUGACGACUUGGUGGAUGUUUAUCGUGCUCAGUUAGUGACCACUGUUACUAGGUUAAACAUGUCUGCUGGAGGUCAAUCUGUGUUAGGGUAUCAUCUACUCAAUGUAGUUCUACAUGCUACUGCAGUAACGUUGUUCAUGCAGUUAUGUAAAGAAGUUUUAGCUUGGAGAAGGGAAGCAACUAUUACUGCUGCACUCUUUUUCGCAUCUCAUCCCAUCCAUACAGAAGCUGUUUCAAGUAUUGUUGGAAGAGCUGACGUAUUAUGCUGUGUUCUUUAUUUGACGUCUCUAAUAGCUUACGUUCGGUGUUCCAAAGACACGAACGGUAUCACAAGAAAAUCAAUCACGUGGUUUACUAUAAGUCUUAUAUCUGCAUCCCUGUCACUUCUGGCCAAAGAACACGGAGUCACCGUUGUAGCUGUUUCACUUUCUUACCAAGUUCUGCUAUCGUGGGAACAAACCAUCAAGAAGACGAAGAAAGCUCCUCAAGGAUUAAGAACAUCACCUUCGACGAUUCGUUAUUUGUUCAUACAGAACUGUACCGAUUCCAGAUGUCUCAUCGUUCUUGUUACGCUGUUAAUCCUACUUGGAUUUAGAGGUUGGAUGUUACACGGCACCCUGCCUCAGUUUUCCAAUCAAGACAAUCCUGCAGCAUUUUCUUCUUCCCUUCUCACCAGAUUCCUGACGUAUUCUUACCUCUCCGCCUUCAAUGCCUGGCUUCUUCUAGCACCAAUCACUCUUUCCUAUGACUGGCAGAUGGGUAGCAUACCUUUAGUGGAAUCGUUGUGGGAUUGUCGUAACAUAGCUACUAUAAGUCUGGCUGUUAUCAUGGCUACCAUCACCUGGCACAUGGUUUAUGGUUCCCAGGGCACAGAAAGGAGGAGGGUGUUUCUGUCAUUGUCUUUACUUGUUUUUCCAUUUCUUCCUGCUUCCAACUUAUUUGUGACCGUGGGAUUUGUUGUCGCCGAAAGAGUUCUCUAUAUACCGAGAUUAAUGGAAAGAGGUCCUUUGAUUGCUUGGAUCUGCCGUUUAUGUACGUGUCUCUUAUUAUCGCUUUUUGUCAUGAAAACGGUUACAAGAAAUUCCGUUUGGCUUUCUAGAGAAGCGCUAUUUAAAUCCGGAUUGGAAAGUGUACCCAACAAUGCCAAAGUUCACUACAAUUAUGCUAAUCUUAGGAAAGAUAAUGGCGAUGUCGAAACUGCAAUUAUCCACUACAGAACGGCAUUAAGAUUAUGGCCUGAUCAUGCAAGUGCUCAUAACAAUUUGGGAACUCUGCUCAAUGAUACUGACAAAGCAGAACAACACUUCAAAAUCGCUCUACAAAUCGAUCCCUGGCAUCCCAGAGCCCAUUUUAAUCUAGCAAACCUCUAUAGCAAAAGAGGUCAACAGGAUAUUGCGGUGAAACUUCUGUGUCGUGCAAUCGAAUUAGAUUCCAAUUUUGUUGGUGCUUAUUCAGCUUUGGCAUCUCUUUAUGCUGAACAAGGAAAGAAAGACGAAGCUGAAAAACUUCAUCUCUUGGCAUUAAGUCUUGAUCCCGAAAACGCUGAUUGUUUCAAUAAUUAUGGAGCUUUCCUCCAAAAAACAGGAAGAAUAGACGAAGCGGUGAAGCAAUACCAAAAAGCCAUUGCCAUCGAUCCUAAUCAUACUGUAGCACUCGUUAACGCAGCUAAAACCUUAAAAUCGAUGAAGCAUAACGUAGAAGCGGAGGAUUUAUAUAAUCGUGCAUUGACGAUACAAGAAGAUCCUGACAUCAUGGAUAAUUUGGGAUUACUUUAUACCAAUACCGGAAGAAGUAAAGAUGCUAGAAGGGUUUACGACGAUCUGAGGGAGAAGUAUCCAGAACACGUGAAUGGUAAAGUACAUUAUUCACAGCUUCUCAUUCAAGAUCGAAGUUAUCAGCAGGCCGAACACAUCUUGCUUUCUGUGGUGGAAGAUAAUAGUUCGCAUCGAGAAGCACUUCACCUCUUGGCCACUCUUUACAACCAAAGCAAUAAAACAACAGAGGCUCUAGAUUAUAUUCUUCGAGCCUUGGCAGUUUGUAAUUUUCAAGAAAAGAUUUGUGCUAGAAUGCACGCUGAACAUGGAGACAUUCUGAAGGAUCUGAAUGACUUCGAUUCGGCUGAACAUGGAAAUUAUACGGCAGCUCAUAGACAUUAUCAAGCAGCUUACUAUUUGGAUUCGAAUCAUAAACUUUUGUUAGAAAAUAUGGAGAAAUUACGGAAAACUUUAUAUAAAACGACAAAUGAUAAUUGCUGGAGAGGUGGAGCUGCUUGUCAUUUGGAAUAG